CAACUCUUGACUCCCUCCCUCCCUCCCUCCCUCCCUCUCACCCUCCUCCCUCUCUCUAAAAUCUCAGAGUCAAUGGCCAAUAGCAAUCUUCCUCGAAGGAUUAUCAAGGAAACACAGAGGCUUCUCAGUGAACCAGCUCCAGGAAUUAGUGCUUCUCCUUCAGAAGAGAACAUGCGGUAUUUUAAUGUAAUGAUUUUGGGUCCAACACAAUCCCCUUAUGAAGGAGGGGUUUUCAAGUUGGAAUUAUUUCUCCCCGAAGAAUAUCCAAUGGCGGCUCCCAAGGUUCGCUUCUUGACCAAGAUAUACCAUCCUAACAUUGAUAAGCUUGGAAGGAUAUGCCUCGAUAUUCUCAAAGACAAGUGGAGUCCAGCCCUCCAAAUCCGAACGGUGUUGCUGAGCAUCCAAGCUCUUCUAAGUGCUCCAAAUCCUGAUGAUCCGCUUUCUGAGAACAUUGCAAAGCAUUGGAAGAGCAAUGAGGCUGAAGCUGUUGAAACUGCAAAAGAAUGGACCCGCUUAUAUGCGAGUGGCGCAUGAUGGGAGUUGUCGUCUGGAAAUACUAUUUCUGCAUUGUAUGUUAAACCGAAUGCUUUUCCUUUGGACUUUAAUCCAAAAAGAAAAAAAAAUGGGAAUGAUCCGAUGGAUCAUUUAGAGAUGAAUCUUCCUGAAAUGGGAAUGAUCCGAUGGAUCAUUUAGAGAUGAAUCUUCCUGAAAUUGGCGGACAUGGAUUUGGUUCUAUUUUUUUAUCUUCUGGAAGGGCAUGUUUUAAGACCGUAUGGUUAUAAAAGUUGAUGGUUUUUCCAUUUUAUGUUUCUCA